CCAUCUUUUUCUUGCUUCCAUAGCUAAUGGCAUAUGUUCAGGUUAUCACAACUCUUCUUUUUGCAUUAGCUCUUGCAAGAAUUGACCCCUCAACAUGCCAAAUGCUAUACGGUCAAGUCUCCUGCGUUGACUGCACUCACAACUACGAUUUAUCUGAUAUUAAGGUUGCAGUGAAGUGUGAAGCUGUGGAAAAACUGGGUGUGGCAACUACGGAAGAUAAUGGCUCCUUCAAGGUUGAUCUUCCUUCAGGCCACAUAAAACCUUCUUCUGUGAACUGCCUAGCAAAACUUCUUGGUGGGCCAGUUCAGCUUUAUGUCUCAAGGAAAAAUCAGGUCUCACAAAUUGUGAAGGACAAAGAGCAAAACAGCUACACCAUCACUCCUCUUAGUUUCAUGACAUCAUGCCCACAAAACACAAAUUGUAAGGCUGCUAAACAAGCGGGUUCAUCCAAAACCGUUGAUCUUCCUUUGCCUCCAGAAUGGGGCUUGGCACCAAGUAGCUAUUAUGUACCGUUCUUUCCCAUCAUUGGAAUACCUUGAUCAUGUGUUCAGGUGAUUUAUAAUCACUUGAGUAAUAAUAUGUGUAGGGAGCAAUAGAUCACUUUAUAUGGUCUUGUUUGUUACAUAUAGUUAAUUAUAGAUGAUGUGUCAUGUGUAGUGUGAAAGAAUGCCACAUAUGGUUGUAGUAUAUAGUUUAUGAUAGGUUGUGAAGGAA